ACGACCGCAAGAGAACCGGUAGGCGAUGCAAAAUAUGGCCGCCUGAGCACCCUUCACUCUUUCGAGCGUAUCUCGGCGAGGACCGCACGAAGCCGUUCUGUUGGAGGCGGAAAAUACAGAGGAAAGGAGGGAGAAGAGCCGGAGAGCCAUGGAAGACUUCAUAACGCCCCCAGAGGCGCCCGUUUUUCAGCCGUCUGCGGAAGAAUUCCGCGACCCUAUCGCCUACCUGACCAAGAUACGGCCGGUGGUAGUCAACACUGGCAUCUGCAAAAUCAGGCCGCCGGCUGGGUGGAAACCACCAUUUUCGCUGGAUGUCGAAAAUUUUUCAUUCACUCCAAGACUUCAGCCUCUGAAUGAACUAGAGGCAAAGACUAGAGUGAAACUUAAUUUUCUGGAGCAAUUGGCCAAAUUUUGGGAGCUUCAGGGAGUUUCGUUCAAGAUUCCUAAUGUAGACAGAAACCCUAUGGAUCUACACACUAUCUUCAAGGCUGUGACUGGGUUUGGAGGGUUCAGAGAGAUGACCAAGCAGAGGAAGUGGUCUCAGCUAGCCAGAGAGCUGGGCUAUGAUGGAGUGGGCGUGGCAGGGUCCAUCCGACAGAACUAUGAGAAGUAUCUCUACCCGUACGAAGUCUUCCUGGCCAAGAGAGGCGGUCUGCAGCUAAAGUCCAGCCCUCAGAAGAGAAGCUCGGCCAGCAGUAGUCCCAACAAGCCAACCCCUCCUCCUCCACCGCCAUCGUCGUCGCCUCCUCCCCUCUCGUCCUCGGCCUCUCCUGGUCUCCAGGCCGGCCGCUCGCAGAGUAGUAAACCCUGCAAGUAUGGAUUGAGACAGAACAGACGUAGACCGUCUACUAGAGAGGAUCCAGACUAUUCAGUGGAGAUAGAGGUGGAUCACCCUGAGUUCAAGAAGCUUGCUUUUACCAGUCCGGGACCAAAGAACGCCUUUGCUCCCCUCCAGAGGAGCGGGUAUGGGAGACAGCACAACGCGGGGACGGACGAAGGGGAAGAUGGAGUGGGGGAGGGAAAAGAUGAGCAUUCUGGUGUCGUUUCUACCACUGCCAGUGAAGGUACAACGGAGGUAAAGCAGGAGCAACCAGUCUCAACUCCUGCUGACUCAGCUACUGUGCAACCACCCCCACCCCUUCUCCAACCCUCUCUCGCUCCACAACCACCAUCAUCAUCAUCAUCAUCAUCAUCAUCACAGGCAGCCCCCUCUUCCUUCUCUACCUCUUCUCUAUCGACAGUCACAGUCACUACUGAAGGAGUCAAGACAGAACAGGCGUCCAUGCUACAACUUGACGACCCUAAGCCCCUCCCGGUAGAGGAGGUCAAGUGUGAAGAGUGUGGUAGUGGAGAUGUAGACGAGGAGCUGUUGUUGUGUGACGGCUGUGACUCGAGUUACCACACGUUCUGUCUGGACCCACCUCUUCCCUCCAUCCCUCCCGGAGACUGGAGGUGUCCUUCCUGUGUGGCUCAGGCAUGCACAGAGGACCAGGAGGCGUUUGGAUUUGAGCAGUCCAAGAAGUCGUACUCUCUGGAGACAUUUGGAGAGAGGGCAAACCAAUUCAAGUCCUGCUACUUCAAUAGACACCCUACCGAAGUACCAUACUCCACAGUGGAGAAGGAAUUCUGGAGACUAGUCAGCUCCAUUGAAGAUGACCAAUACGGUCACGGGGUGGGGGCGGGGCAGGGGGCGGAGCCAGCUGAGGAAGAUGAAGGCGACGAGUAUUUGGUGUCCGGGUGGAACCUGAACAAUAUAUCUAACCUCAAGGGUUCCAUUCUUCGCUAUAUUAGUGCCGACAUCUCUGGCAUGAAGGUGCCGUGGCUGUACAUUGGGAUGUGUUUCUCCUGUUUCUGUUGGCACAUUGAGGACCACUGGAGCUACUCCAUCAACUACCUUCACUGGGGAGAGGCUAAGACGUGGUACGGCGUGCCCCCGGCCUACGCCGAGUGUCUGGAGGCCACUAUGAAGGAACAGGCUCCGGAGCUGUUUGAGGACCAUCCUGACCUCAUGCACCAUCUCGCCACCAUUCUCUCUCCGGCCGUCCUCAUGAAACACGGAAUACCGGUGGUGAGAACGGACCAGUGUGAGGGAGAGUUCGUGGUGACCUUCCCCAGAGCCUACCACGCCGGGUUCAACCAGGGCUUCAACUGUGCCGAGGCCGUCAACUUCCUCCUUGGAGACUGGCUGCCCAUAGGUCGUCAGAGUAUCGACCACUACCGUUCCCUGUCCCGAACACCAGUCUUCUCCCACGACGAGCUCCUGUGUAAGAUGGUGGCCCAGCCGGACAAGUUGGAGCUGUGUCUCCUCCCCACCUCCAGUGAGGACAUGGCCCACAUGACGUCUCUGGAGGAGCGGCUACGACAGGACCUCAGACAGAGGGGGAUGGUACAGGAGCAGAGGGAGGUGUUUGAGCUGGCGAGUGACGAGGACAGACUCUGCUCCGUUUGCUCCACCUACUGCUUCCUCUCUGGCGUCAGAUGCCCCUGCAGCCCCAAGAAACUGGCGUGUGCCUAUCACAGCAGUGAGAUCUGUGACUGUGCUCACUCCAAGAAGGUCCUCAGGUACCGAUACACUAUAGAGGAGCUGCGUGGGAUGCUGAGGGGGAUCCAGUCUCGCUCCCACUCAUACAGCUCCUGGUGUAGACAGGUCGACACCCUCCUGGACGGUGUGGGGGAGGAUAAAUGUGAUCUGCAGCUUCUAAAGAGUCUGAUGGAGGAGGGCACUAAUAAGAACUUUACCAGCUGUCCCACUUACGAAGAGCUCAGGGAUACCAUCAAGGAUGUGGAGGAGAGUGCCAGCGUAGCCGUCCAGCUAACGAAGAGGGGCAGGAAGACGGAGAGGGAAGCGAGAGGAGGAGGGAUGGAUCAAUACCAGAAGUGGCUCUUUUCCACCGUUGAUGUGGAAAAUGACCACCUGGGAGAUGUUGAGUCGUUCCAGGAAGAGGCCCGAGAGGAGCUGCAGAGAGUGGCCACGCAGGCAGAGCUCCAGGAGACAUCCCCCGCCACCCACCUCGCCGGUCUUCUGGCCAGGGGGGAGGAGCUGGGGAUAAUGGUCCCCGAGCUGGACCUCCUGCGAGUGGCGGUGGAGCAGAGUCAGUGGGUGAUGGAGACGGAGGCCAAGCUGAAACUGGAGGUGGUGUCCAUGGAGGGGCUAAAGAGACUCGUGAAACAGGCCGCCGUCAUGGAGCAGAGCAGAGUGGUGCAGGUGGUGUCACGGAGGAUGCGAGAGCUCCUGACUGCGGCUCACGACUGGGAGAACGAGGCCAAGACCGCACUCAAACAGAGACCUCCUCACCCGGCCUCCUACCUGGAGAACCUGCUGGCAAAGGCUCGUCACAUCUCAGUCCAGCUCCCCUCCAAGAGUCUCCUGGUGGACACUCUGGACAGGGCCGCUCAGUGGAAGAAACAGGCCCAGCAAUUACAGGACAAUGACAGUCACCCUCACUACGACCAUCUCAAGUGCCUCCUCUCCACCGGUCGACCAUUAGCAGCCAAACUGGACCUGCUAGCUCAGCUGGAGUCGCGCCACGCUGCAGCCAAGGGCUGGGUGGAUCGAGCCGGGAGGACUUUCAUCAAGAAAAGCUCGGUCGCCUCCCUUCUUGAGGUGCUGCUGCCGCGAACCAAGUCAGUGUUCUUCCAGAGGUUCAACGGAACUGGGAAGUCGGGAAAGAAGAAACUGGACUCCCACCACUCGUCUGUCGUCGGGGAGCUAGAGGUGGGGAAAUCCCCUGUCUCGGACCUGGGCGGAGACAGACUCCGGGAGAUGGAGAAGAUUCACUCCAUGGAGGAGGAGGAGACCCAGUGUAUGAAACAGCUGCGUAACGAGAACCUGGAGAAGAUGGAGCGAGACGAGGGGGGCAGGAAAUGCUCCUCCCACUCUCCCGUCGUCUACUGCUUCUGCCGGAAACCAGAGUCGGGCUACAUGCUCCAGUGCGAACUCUGCAACGAGUGGUACCACGCCACCUGUCUCCACAUCCCCAAGGGGAAACGAACGGCCGGGAGAGACAUCGGGAAAGACUCUCGGUUCCUCUGCGCCCUCUGUCUCCGCACGCGACGCCCGCGACUCGACGCAAUCGUAUCCCUCCUCAUAUCCUUACAGAAGGUCCCGGUGGCCAUAUCGGAGGGGACGGCGCUACACUGUCUCGCAGAGAGAGCAAUCUCGUGGCAGAAGAGGGCCCGGCAGGAGAUCUCUAACUGCAACACCAUUCUGGAGGCGGCAAAGCAACAGAUGCGGAGGGUGGAGGAGGUGAAGAACCACAUCUCCAAGUGGAAGACAGAGAUGCAGUUGACGGCCGAGGAGAGACAGAGACCGACGUCCAUUGAGGCUCAGCUGGCCUCUUCUGCCGGCUCAGUUCUGGCCCACUACAACUCUGAGCUGCAGAGACUCCGCUCCGAGUACGCGGGGCUAUCGGGCAUCAAGAGGGAGUCUCUGGAGCAGCUGCUAAUGGAGGGGGACCUCCUCGAAGUGACGAUGGACGAGGUCCAGCAACUGUGGCAGCUACUCCAACUGGACACGGAGUAUGUCUCUGCCUUUGACACCUCCCCAGCCAAAGUUGGAGGUCGAGCAAACGCCACCACCAACAACAAACAAGAGAGCUCAGGUGGGCAAGAGGAGAAACAGCUGAGGGGAAGGAAGAGAAGCGUGGCCUCUCCAUGUUCCUCUGAUGGUUCUGUCACUCCCACUAGUAAGAGGAGAAGGACACCAGUAGCCAGUGGAGGCAGUUCCACUCCCAGCACUCGCUCCGGCUCUGUCAAGGGAGACACCACCCCAGUCUCCAAGUCCUCCCUCUCCCCCCAGCCGCAACAGCUCGCCAAACUCGUCAAACCAGGGGCUGCCUCGUCAGCCGGAAAACAACAAACCCCGGCAACACUCAGACGACGUACGGGGGUACCUGCUAACCCCUCGUCCCAAGAUCUCGGGUGUCACGAGGAGAUAGUGAUGGAGGAAGAAGAUGAAGAUGAGGAGGAGGAGGAGGAGGAAGAGGCGGAGUGUUUAGCGACACAAUGUCUGCAGCCAGUGGCGGACCAGAUCAUCUGGGUACAGUGCGACCACUGCCACGAAUGGUUCCACUGCGUCUGUGUCGGACUCACAAAGGAGUACGCAGAGCAGAUUGAUGUCUACAAGUGUGCAGCGUGCAAGCAGGUCGCAACGACUACAGUAGUACCAGUGACUUCUGCAGUGGGGCUGGCUCUUGCAUCUCGACCCGCUACGAAAGUUGGAACCCUUCUCUCUUCCUUUUCCUCAUCGUCCUCUUCCUCCAUUUCCCCGGGGCAGACCUAAUCUUAUUCCGCUCUGAUUUGUGGCUCCGUGCCGUAAAAAAUCUGUAUAAUAUUGUAUAAUAGACUGCGGACCUUGAAAUGUGGUGUCACUCUGUUGUAUGGUGUGUGUGUAUGUGUGUGUGUGUGUCGUACCUUGUGUGUAGUUUGUUAGCUGUCCUUUGUCAGUGUAAGAAAAUCACCCUCUGAAAAUAAUACUCUUUCCUCCCUUA